UUGUAUAAAAUGAUUAUUAAAUGUGUUAUCAUGCUGAUAUCUGCAGAAAAACGGUAGGCCUACCCUUACGAAAAAUAAAUUUAUUCAAGUGUUAUAUUAGUAUACACUUUCAAACUAAAAAUAGGAAAGUAUACUUUUAGUCUACUUUUUAUGUACUUCUCAGAAAUACACUUAAAAUAACAUUUAAGUAUACUUGACUUAUACUUAGAAAAAGUCGAAAUAAAUUUGAGCUAUACUGCGCUCCUAGAAUCUGUGUUUUCAUUGUUAUAUUAUAGGGGGCACUAGUACACAUCUUCUGUACAAAAUUUCCAAAAAAACAGAAGUGAAGAAGAAACCGAAACAACAGAUGUUUCCACAUAUAACCUAACACGAUCAUCAGACAUAAAACAGCAUCAGAACUGUGUAACCUUAUGGAAUAAAAUGUCACCAAUGAACAGGAGCUAACAGCUUCUCCUUCAUUCUUCCUCAACGGACUGGAGCAAUGAACGAUAGUCCCUUGCAAGUGCUGACUUUGCCUACUUCUCCGUACCUCGACCAGAGGCCUGGAACCAACGGCCUGAGGAAGAAGACCCAUGUUUUCCAGUCUGAAAAGAACUACCUGCACAACUUCAUUCAAUGCAUCUUCUCCUCCAUCGACCUGCGAGACAGGCAGGGCUCCGCUAUGGUGGUGGGUGGAGAUGGACGCUACUUCAAUUCGACUGCCAUUCAGGUCAUAGUGCAGAUGGCUGCCGCUAAUGGGGUGGGUCGUGUUGUGAUCGGUCAGAAUGGCAUCAUGUCGACCCCAGCUGUGUCGUGUGUGAUCAGGAAGAUCAAAGCUAUUGGUGGCAUUAUUCUCACAGCCAGUCACAACCCUGGAGGACCUGACGGAGACUUCGGCAUCAAAUUCAAUACCGCUAAUGGAGGUCCAGCACCAGAGGCUGUCACAAACAAAAUCUUCCAGUUGAGCAGAACCAUAGAGGAGUUAGCUGUCUGUCCUGAACUCAGAGUCGAUCUGGGGACUAUCGGCAAGCAGUCCUUCGACCUGGAGAACAAGUUUAAACCUUUUACAGUGGAAAUUGUGGAUCCAGUCGAAUCCUAUGCCAACUCACUGAGGAACAUCUUCGAUUUCGCUGUUCUAAAGGAGCUUCUGUCAGGAGACAACCACAUACAAAUCCGUUUAGAUGCCAUGCAUGGAGUGACUGGGCCGUAUGUGAAGAAGAUCCUGUGUGAGGAGCUGGGCUCCCCUGCAAAUUCAGCCAUUAACUGUUUACCUCUGGAGGACUUUGGAGGUGGCCACCCAGACCCCAACUUGACCUAUGCCGCUGACCUUGUUGAGACGAUGAAGAGCGGACAGUAUGAAUUCGGAGCUGCUUUUGAUGGUGACGGUGACCGUAAUAUGAUCCUGGGGAAGCAUGGCUUCUUCGUAAACCCCUCCGACUCAGUUGCCGUCAUCGCUGCGAAUAUCUUCUGCAUUCCUUACUUCCAGCACACAGGAGUAAGAGGCUUUGCUAGGAGUAUGCCCACCAGUGCCGCUCUGGACAUGGUGGCCAGAGCCACCAAGAUCCAGCUGUAUGAGACCCCAACCGGAUGGAGGUAUUUUGGGAGCUUGAUGGACGCAGGUCGUCUCUCGCUGUGUGGGGAGGAAAGUUUUGGCACAGGAUCUGAUUAUAUACGAGAGAAGGACGGGCUUUGGGCAGUGCUAGCAUGGCUGUCCAUCCUAGCGGUGAGGAGACAAAGUGUAGAAGACAUUAUGACAGACCACUGGAGAACCUACGGGAGGAACUACUACACCAGAUUUGACUAUGAGGAAGUGGAUUUAGAUGCAGCUGUGGAGAUGAUGCUGGAUCUGGAGCUGAUGAUUUCAGACAGGGCUUUCAUUGGGCAAGUGUUUACUGUGGGGGAAAAGAAAUACCAAGUGGAGGCAGCAGACAAUUUUGAGUACAGUGACCCUGUGGAUGGAACCAUUUCAAGAAACCAGGGUUUGCGGAUCAUUUUUAAAGGAGAUUCUCGCAUUAUCUUUCGUCUCAGUGGGACCGAUAGUUUCGGAGCCACGGUUCGUCUGUAUAUCGACAGUUAUGAGAAAGAUAUAAACAAGCUCUUUCGGGACCCACAGGUGGCGCUGGCGGAGCUCGUUACCAUUGCCCUGCAGCUUUCACAGAUACAUGAAAGAACCGGGCGAAGAGGCCCUACUGUUAUUACAUGAUUAUAUUAAAUGUCAUAUUUACAUUUAAAAAAAUUUGUAUUAAAC